CGAAACCACCUCCUAGAGAAAGUCUACAAGGACGACCUCCUCGCCGCCGGCGAUGGAGCCACCGCCUCAGGCGACCCCCUCGCCCGCCGUCCGAGUCCUCUCCCGCGCUCUUCCUCCCAAAUCCCCCUCUCCUGCGCCCGCCACCGGCCCCGGCGCCGGCGCGGCGACGCCCUCCAAUGACGGCGUCGUCACCGUCGGUUUCGUGGGCGGCGCGGGGAGCGCCCGCCUCGCCGACCGGAUCCUCGACGCCCACGUGUUCUCCCCCGGCGGCUCGGCGAGGAUCCUCGCCGGGAGUGUCAGGUACCACCGCGACAGGGAGAAGAGGAUGGUGUUCCUGCACCUCACGCCGCCGCUCACGCCGCUGGAGGCGGAAGGAGGUAGCGUCGGCGGCGACCUCCCGGAGAUGCUCUUCAUGUUCUCCGUCUGCAACAUAAUAAUAUUUCUCCAAGAAGGCUUCAGAUUCGACACGCAAACCUUGAAGAAAUUUCGACUGCUGCAAUCUUCAAAGCAUGCUUUUGCACCAUUUGUGAGGUCAUUGGUAGCACCUGCAAUGCCUCCCAAAGCUGUUCCCUCUGACAGCCCAACACGAGCAACCCGCAGGGCUUCUUCCAUCUCCCCUCCAGCGCGUCGUGGAGGUCACUCUGGUCGCCAGUCCUCGGCUAUCUCACUUAUGUCAGGAACUGGUUCACAUCCUUCUGUGUUGCCAGGACAAUGCGUUCCUGUUUUGCUCUUUGUCUUCGAGGAUGAUGUAGUUGAUGUUUCAAGUGCUGCGACAAGUUCAGAUGAUACGGUCGAUGCAUCUUCAUCAAAUCAGGCUUCUAGCACUGAUGGCUUGUCAAAACAGAGCUUAGCUACAAAAGGUUCUGGUUCAGUGGUUAUGCUUGCCCGGGCAGCAAACAAAUCCGAGGGUGUUUCAGGCAAAAAGCUGCACUCCUCUUUAGAGGGACAGAUUCGUAUCUUGCUUAAGAAGUGUAGGGUACUUGCUGGCAUGGAGCCAGGGCAUAUUGGUCCAAGGGGUGUCAGUAAUGUGAGUCAUCAUGUUCCUCUGUUCUCACUUGAUACCUCAAAGGCUGUCGCACUGUUGAAUCGGUCUAUUAACAAGAAACGGGAGCCAUUGGAUAUCAUUGCAGGAUUAUUUGAAGAUUCUUUGAACUCCAAAUCAUCAUUGGAUAUUCUUUCACUGGAAAACAACUGCCACCCAACAAACCAUGACGAUGUUCAGUUAAUCAAGGAUUUUAUAUUUCGGCAGUCUGAUGCCCUGAGAGGGAGAGGAGGAUAUUCUAGCAAUGCAACUGCUGGGUCUGUUGCUGGUGUCGGCAUGGUAGCUGCUGCUGCAGCAGCAGCAGCAGCGUCAGCAGCAUCUGGGAAGCCAGUUAACACUCCUGAUUUGCCUAGUUUUGAUAAAUGGUUGUCCAUAAGUACUUCUAUUCUAGCUGCAAUGCUUAGUGAAAGAAAUGUGCUGAGUGGUCAGUCUGAAAGCAAGACUCAUACAAGUCCAAGUGAGAAGAAUGAUCAACUUCUUGCUGCAGGAUCUAAUGCUAUUGAGAUUGCUUUAUCUUGCUUGGAAAGCAGCAAGGGGCUAAACAUGAAAUUUUCUUCAUCAUGGUGCCAAAGGGUGCUUCCGGCUGCUAAAGAGGUGUAUUUGAAAGGUUUACCUGCCUUUUACCCAACCAGCAUGCAUGGAAUGCAGCUACAAAAGGCAUUGCAAUCCUUUCACUCGAUGGUUAAAGGACCAGCUGUCCAGGUAUUCUCAAAGAAGCUGGAAGAUGAGUGCCGGACAAUCUGGGAAUCUGGAAGGCAGCAGUGCGAUGCUGUCAGUCUUACUGGCAGACCAUGCAAGCACCGGAGGCAUGCUGAUUUCUCUUCAUCAGCUGCAGUGGAGCAGCAUUCUAGUGGAUAUGUCUUCCUCCAUGCGUGUGCCUGUGGCCGGUCACGUCACCUUAGAGACGAUCCUUUUGACUUUCAGGCAGCCAACAUAUCUUUCAGUUGUUUCUCUAAUUGUGAAGAUCUACUGCCUACCCUUGUGCUUCCGAGAGGAAGCAAUACUGGUUCAUUUUCAGAAUCCUCUUGGCGUUUGGUGCGACUUGGAGGAGCAAGAUAUUACAAGCCAACAAAAGGUUUGCUCCAAAGUGGUUUUAGCUCCAGAGAGAAGUAUCUUUUAAGGUGGACGAUAUCUGUUGGUAAGGGUCAAGUUAAAAAUGGCAUCUGUUCUAAUACUAUAAGUUCAUCCACAAGAUCUAAUAUGGACCCUCAGACUCCCCCAGUAGUUGCUAAUGAAGUAAAGUCUGCCGCAAGCCAAGGCGCGCCACAAAUUAAAUCCUCAAAGCUUGAAAAUUCUAGAAAACCACCUGAAAUGGAUCCAAUGAACAACUCAGGUAUUAGUUUCGGCAAAGGUCUUCCAAAUUUUACUAUGAAGAAGCCGUUUGCUGAAGUUGUUGCUGGGACCACAACCAAAGAUUCCGAGUUUCCUGCUCUUCAGCAGACAAGACCACCGAAACCUGGUGGUCGAAAGGAUGAGCGGCAUAUAAGUAUAGCAGACCAGACUAAUGGCCGAGGUCAUGCAGCCUUCAGUCAAGGGCCUCUAGCUGAAAGUGAACCUGAGAAAGUGAGCAGAAACAGGAGUAGUGAAAAUGCUGAUGGGAAGCCCCUUUUACAGAUAGGGAGUAAUAUAGUACCAAUGAUUGUUGGAAACGAAACUAGAGGAACUAAUCAACCCAUUCAGCAGUUUGUUGUGUAUGUUGGAUUUGAGCAUGAGUGUUCCUAUGGGCAUCGUUUUUUACUGUCAGAGAAACAUCUGAAGGAGAUUGAUUCAUCAUGUUCGCAGUAUCAAAGACCUUUUCUUAAGAAAGAAGCAGAAAGCAAGCAUGCACAAAAGUUGCUCCAAAAUGCAUCUGGUUUAACAGCAACUAUAGUGGAUGUAAACAAUGGAAGGAAAAACAGUAAGCCAUUGGAGUCAUCAGGGAGAAACAGCCAGCAACAACCGGUGCAGCUCAGGCUUGAUUCAGAGAUCUCGCAGCCUUCUCCUUGGCUUUCAGAUCCACAUAAUGAUAAAAAGGUAGAGCAUUCUUUUCGAUGUAUUACAAUUGAUGACGGUGGAGAAGCAUUUUCACUCAUGAACAGAAACUUGCCAAUAUAUAUGCACUGCCCACAUUGCAAGAGCUCAGAAAGGAAGGGACAUCAAGAUGUAAAGUUUGCUGGUGCCGUGUCACAACUUCAACGGAUUUUUAUUGUGACACCUGAUUUCCCUGUCCUGUUGGCAAGCUGCCCAAUUAUACAGUUUGAGGGGUCAUGUUUACCAUCAAAUGUCGCUGAUCAUGAACGACAAGGAUUAUUCAGUAUUGGAUAUCGAGUUAUCCUCCCACCUGAGAGCUUUCUUACCAUGAGGCUUCCAUUUGUCUAUGGUGUUGAGACAAGAGAGGGGAGUAUAUUUCCCCUCAAACACUUUGAGCAACAACCAGAGCUCACAGCAUGGCUCGUUGGAGGCACAGCUUUGCAAAUUGUAUCAGUAGGGAAUAUCACUGAGAAAGAGACCAAUACUGUGUGAGGAAAAAAUGGGAUCUAAAUCUUUGUCGGUUCAAGUGUAUUAUAUUCACAUUCAGACAUUCAGUGAUGUGCUUUCGGGUGGUUACAUUCCUGACUGAGGUUUUGCUUCUACACCCAGACUUAUGCUGCCAAGCUGCUGAUAUAACUUUAGUUUCCUUUCACUGUGCUUCAUGCUUUGGGAAAUGGAAGUUUGCCUGAUGACCAUAUGAAUGCUGCCCAGAGGGAGACAGACGCACAGGUAAUCAUACAGUGCGUGUCCUGUACAUUAAUAGGUGCCAGGUAAAGUAUAGCUGGUGACGUCGGCUUUAUUUUCUUGAGGAUCGAUGGAUAAAUCAGAUUCCUUGACUUAUUGCUUUUGCACUGGAAAUUUUUGUACCAAUAAUUAGCCGAGGUCAGCUGUGCUAUGUUUUAGACAGCUGAAGUGUUGUCUUAUUGCUAGGCAUGUUAGGAAAUCUUACCUUGGAUUAUAGAUCAAGAAAAGGAAUUUCUGAAUGAUGUAUUAUAGAAAGUUGUUGCUUGGAAUGAUUUUGUACUUUUCUUAAUCUUGACUGAUUUACCUGUAUCCCUUGUACGCCGUACAGGAAUUUCUUGCAGCCUUGGAAAAAGGAUGGGUUUGAAAAGUGAAUCGAUAA